UUGGGAACGAGUGGGGGGGUCGGGUGUGGUUCCAAAUCAAACACAUUGCUCCUAGUCAUUCAAACUAUCCAAUCAUCCAUCCUUAGCUUUCAGCCUUUCACUACCAGAAAAACAGAAGAAAGCACCUUAUUCCUUGAGCUUGCAACAAUGGAGGUCUGCAGAGCCACUGCUUUCUCAUGGACCCAUACCAUCUCCACCUCCCUUCACGUUUCUCUGCCCCCCUCUAAGUGGGAGUCUAAGAGACUCACUGUUUGGUGUGCCUCUGACCAAACCCAGAAGGCAAAUCAGAUGACUGUAUCAGUAACAGGAGCUACGGGUUUUAUCGGUAGAAGAUUGGUGCAAAGGCUGCAAGCAGAUAAUCAUAGUGUGCACGUCUUGACACGGUCUAGAUCAAAGGCUGAGUUAAUUUUUCCGGUCAAGGACUUUCCAGGAAUCGUAAUUGCAGAGGAGCCAGAGUGGAAAGAUAGCAUUCGAGGUUCAACUGGUGUUGUAAAUUUGGCUGGAAUGCCCAUCAGUACAAGAUGGACUUCUGAGAUAAAGAAAGAGAUCAAGCAGAGCAGGGUUAGAGUCACCUCUAAGGUCAUAGAUUUAAUAAAUGAUUUACCAGAUGCGGUCCGACCUUCAGUCUUGGUCAGCGCAACAGCCGUCGGUUACUAUGGUACUAGUGAGACACGCGUAUUUGAUGAACAGAGUCCAUCAGGAAAUGAUUACUUGGCUGAGGUUUGCAGAGAAUGGGAAGGAACUGCUCUCAAAGUAAAUAAGGAUGUUCGGUUAGCGCUCAUUCGUAUUGGUGUUGUUCUUGGUAAAGAUGGAGGAGCUUUGGCUAAGAUGAUCCCUCUCUUCAUGGUUUUUGCUGGGGGACCCUUGGGCUCUGGAAAACAAUGGUUUUCCUGGAUUCAUCUGGAUGAUAUAGUGAACCUGAUAUAUGAAGCUCUCUCUAAUCCAUCUUAUAAAGGAGUUAUCAAUGGAACUGCACCCAACCCUGUUCGAUUCACAGAAAUGUGUCAACAUUUGGGAAAUGUCUUGGGUAGGCCUUCAUGGCUGCCUGUGCCUGAUUUCGCCUUGAAAGCAGUCCUCGGAGAAGGCGCUUCAGUGGUGCUGGAUGGGCAAAGGGUACUGCCACUUAAAGCGAAAGAGUUGGGUUUUUCUUUUAAAUAUUCUGAUAUCAAAGAUGCAUUAAAAGCGAUUAUGACAUGAAGUCAUAAACAGUAAAAGUGUGGCAGAGGAUACAAAUUGGUUGUUCAUUUUUUUUUUUAGGAUAAAGGCAUCCCUGCACUUUCAAAAUCACAUGUUGAAGAUGAAUUCCGAGUCAUUCAUAUCAUUACGGAAACAAUUGUUAUGAUAUUUUUUUGGUGAGAAAA